UGGCGGGCCGCACCAAGAGCAGAAGCCGGAGCAGAGCCCCGAAGUGCUGUCCCUUGCCUUGGAUCCCCUGGAGCAUGAGUGGCUGCUGACAGUGGCCCAGGGCGAUGCGGACAACAUCAUCAGGCUUCUGGACCUGGAUCCCAGCCUGCUGACCAGGAAAGACUUUGUGACAGGCUUCACUGCUCUCCACUGGCUUGCCAAGCAUGGCCACCACGAGAGCUUCAUCCAGGUCAUCUCCCACGCCCAGAAGAAGGGCUAUCCCAUCAAUGUGAACAUCCCCACGACCAGCGGCGGGCUCACCCCCUUGCACCUGGCCGCCCUGCAGGGACACGAGCUGCUCAUCAAAGUGCUGGCUUGGCAAUACCUGAGGGCAGACACCUCCAGGGAGCUGAAGGAGCUGGCAGGGGCCUUGGAGGAGGACUUGGUCCAGCUGCGCUCUUACAACACCAACAACAACUGUAAGUCAUCCAGAGAGGCUAGGGCAGGGUGGGACUGUGUGGACUCCAGGGCUGAGGGGAAAGCCCAGCGCUCCUGGAGCCUGUCGACUCUCCGGGACUUCGUCAGACAGGCAUUUGGUUUCUUCCAAGAGCGCUGA